CAUGGGCUUUACUGUGUGGCUGUGUUUGCUCUGCCUGCAGGCGAGCCUGCUGUCUCAUGCGCUUGACUGCUCGGGAGGAAGCUCAGCCGACUUGUGCGUCAACACACAGACGGCGGGCGAGCAGAGGGGUGACAAAGGCCUGGAAGGACCAAUGGCUUCAAAUGAAGAACAGGUCCUGCUCAGGCGUAAGAGACAGUUGGAGAAGAGAGGCCACGCCCAUCCAGGUCAUGCUAACCUUCCUGGAGCAAUUUCUGCCAAAGGCUUUCCAAAUAGUCUUAUCCAGGCUGACAGGCCCAGGCGACACUUGGCUCAAGCAGCGAAUAAGAAGAAGAACAAGCGUAAAUCCCGUGUCGGCUCCUUUUCCCUCCUUAGCAACGAUAAGAAAGCCAACCCCCUACAGGUGAUCAGAGCAAGAAGACAGGUGAGCGAUGACCAGCCCAAAUAAGGCAAGUCCGGUCGGUCCAGGGCUGUCUUUGUCCUGGGAGAUCCACAGAAUGACAGACACAAUGGAAGACCUAUGGGUAGCAUAUAGAAGACAAUACCAACAUAGUGCAAUGUUAUUAUUAUGGUUCAGUCAAAAUGAUGUUGACACUAGAUGUGUCUAGAUCUUAGAAGGAAAGUAGCACAAGCAGUUUAUUGGUUUGUGUGUGUCUCACAUUACUGUUUCAGCUGUAAAAUAGUCGAUUGAACAGUUAGCAAUUACAAUAUAUGCUAAGGUUCUAAUAUGUAAUGCCUGCAUGUUGUGAAAACUUAGCAAAAAAAUAAAUAAAUAAGGCAUUCUGGUCUAUUAUAGUAUUUUAUC